GCUGCCCACCCCGGGGCUCGCGACAUCCUCGAGGCUCCCGGGAAGCUGGCAACUUUUCCCGACGAGCGGCUCCCUGAUAAUGAGCAGCCACCCAGUGGCACUUCCUGCCUCCCGCUCCCGGCCCCCCGGAGCUGGCACCGCUUCAGCCUCUAUUUAACUUCCCACCGGGUGUUUACAGGGAAAUCGCUGCCGCCCGAGGCAUCCCGCGCUGCCCGCUCGCCCGGUGCCGCCGAGCGGCGCCCCUUCGCUCCCCGCCAGCCCGGGCUUGCGCCGAGGCUCCCGGCCCGGAGGGCUGCCGGGGGCGCUGGGUGCUGCAGUGCUGGGGCAGCGCUGGAUUUUGCUGCGCUUAGCAGGGGAGCUGCAGGAAGAGUGCUCGGCGCUCGGUGACAAUGUCCCCCUUGAUGCCAGUGCUGCAGAUGGAUACAAACAGCUCCGUUGUUCCCGGCGUUGGAAGGGAGCGGGGUGAAUGAGUCCUCUGUGCUGCCUGAAGUGGGAGGAGAGACGGAGACAGGGAGCCAGCGAGGGUGGCAGCGAGAGCCCGAAGCCCGGACCGGCUACCCCCGGGAGCCGGGGGAGUGUCUCGCUGCAGCUCCACACCUAGGAGCAGAGAGCAAGAUUAUCGGCCCCCGCUGGCAGCACUAUAAAGGGAGAUUUUUUUUUUUUCUUUUUUUUGAUUUUUUUUUCUCCCCCGGGCUGGUGAUGUGGCCUGGUAUCCUUGUGAUGGCAUAGAGAGCAGGGCAGCAGCUGCUAGGGAUGCACGGGCUGCUUCGUAGGAGCCAGCGCUUGGGGGAGCUGCCCAGGGACAGCUUAUUCCAUGUCGGAGCAGCAUCUCCCUGCACCGCCUGGUCCCCCCUGCACCCUGGAGAGCAGAGAAGAGGAAAGGGAAGGUUUCCAGAGAGCAGCUUAAGCAGAGAAAAAGGUGAUGUUCACCGGAGGGGGACAUUAAAAGCCACAGCGUGACCACAAUGUUGUACCAUAGGAAGCACUGGAGGUCCAUGUGUAAGGGGCUUGUCCUGGGAACACUCCUGACCAGCUUCACGCUGCUGCUCUACUCCUAUGCCGUCCCACCCCUGCAAGUCAGCAUGACAGAGAUCCCUAUCCCCUAUUCCUGCUCCUCCUACCCGGCCCAGGCCAGGGUGCCAGCAGAGGCAAAUGGCACCCACAGCUCUCCGGGAAAAGGCUGCCUACCCAAGAUGGACAUUAUGUUCAUGAAGACACACAAGACAGCUAGCAGCACCAUCCUCAACAUCCUCUUCCGCUUCGGAGAGAAACAUCGCCUCAAAUUUGCCUUCCCCAAUGGCCGCAAUGACUUCUACUAUCCCUCCUACUUUGAACGGAGCCAGGUGCAGCACUACCAGCCGGGUAUGUGCUUCAACAUCAUCUGCAACCACAUGCGCUUCCACUACGAUGAGGUGCGCAAACUCCUGCCAGCUGAUACUGUCUUCUUAACAAUACUGCGGGACCCUGCCUACCUCUUCGAGUCCUCUUUCCACUACUUUGGGCGAGCCAUCCCCCUCACCUGGAAGCUGACGGGGGAGGACAAGCUGGCAGAGUUCCUCCGGGACCCCUGGCAUUACUAUGACCCUAAUGGGUUCAAUGCUCACUACCUCCAGAACCUCCUCUUUUUUGACUUGGGCUACGACAACAACAUGAAUGCCAAUAGCCCCCUCGUGGAGCAGUACUUCCAAGAGAUAGAUCAGCGCUUCCAUCUUGUCAUGUUGCUUGAGUAUUUUGAUGAGUCCCUGGUGCUGCUGAAGGACCUGCUGUGCUGGGAGCUGGAAGACAUCCUCUACUUCAAGCUCAAUGCCCGGAAGGGCUCCACUGUCUCCAGGCUGACACCUGAGCUCUAUGAGAAGGCUACUUCUUGGAACCUCAUCGACGCCAAACUCUAUCACUAUUUUAAUGCCACUUUCUGGCGUAAGGUGGAUAUCUAUGGGAGGGAGCGAAUGGCAAAGGAUGUGGCUGAGCUGCAGCGGGAGAACGAGAAGAUGAAAAGUAUCUGCAUUGAUGGGGGUCACCCCGUGGAUGCCAGUGCCAUCCAGGAGUCCUCCAUGCAGCCUUGGCAGCCACUGGGGGAGAAGUCCAUCCUGGGCUACAACUUGAAGAAAAAGAUCAACAAGAAGCACCGGAAGCUGUGCCGCAAGAUGCUGACACCCGAAAUCCAGUAUCUGACUGACCUAGGGGUCAACCUCUGGAUCACCAAGCUGUGGAGCCGCGUGCGAGACUUCCUGAAGUGGUAGGCAGGGAAAGGCAGCCAGCCUUUCCCUCCCCACUCAAGGAAAGAACCAGGUGCUUUCAUUUUUCUUACUUCAUGAUAUCUUUUGGUUGGACAUGAGCAGAACUGGCUUGUGGCUCCUGCGGGGAAUACAGUCCUCCUCCCUGGAGACCUGGGCACCCAAGCAAGGUAGACCUUGCACAGACCUCUGUGGCCUUUGUUUGGAGCCCCACUUGGAAAGGAGCAUGGAAAGGGUCUGCUGCUUGUCCGCGUGGCUGCCCACCGCCCCCUCGCCAGCUCAGCCUCCUCGGCCGGGUGCUCCCUGCAGAGAGAGCGGAGCAGAGCAGAGGAAGAGCCAGCAGAGCAGCACUGCGACAGGCUGUGUGUCACACCCACGGCCCGUAGCACCUGUGGGCAGGCCUUGGGAGCAAGACCAGGUCAUAGGAUAGCACCACCAGCAACAGGGUCUUCAGGGAUUGCGGGGGUUUUUCUUUCCAAGAGAAUCUGUUUCUUCCUUCCAUGCGGGAGUGCUGGAGGCAGUAUUUGUGAUGGACAGGUCCCCUGUCAUCUCCUCAUCACAGCGAGAACAGGGGACCAGUCACCAUAGACCAGUCACCAGACACACCAUAGGUCACACAGGGGAGCAUGGCUGUGAUGGCUGUGUGCGUGUGGACGUGGCACGGUCUGCGAGGAUGGUGAGCUUGAGGGGAGACGUGCUGGCUUCACUUGCACUACUUGGGGUCCAGUACGCAUUGGUGUGUAAGGUGAUGGGCACGGGACCCGCGAGGCUCUGGCUGUUGCCUUGCAUAUUCAGGGGAAAGGCUGUGCAUGUCUGUUUGUGUGUGUCUGUGUGUGUGCGCGCGCACGUGUGUGCGAGAGAGACCUGUGCAUUACAGUGAACAAGCACAGCAGGAACCGUGGGGCCAGUACAUGUCAAUACUGCAUGAUGCCGAAGGACGUGUGUGCAUGGGAAAGGUGGUGAGCAGCCAGUCGCAUGACAGACACAGAGGUCUCACUGCACGAGGCUGUGUUAGUCCGUGUGUCAGUUAUUGCUGGUGCGGGGAGCUGUGCAGGCGUCCGGGACCCCUGAGGAGCCGAGGGAGGCUGGGGGCGGCCAGGUCCUCGCUGAGCCGGAGCGGGGCCGGUGUUGGGGCUGGUGCAGAUGCGCAUGGGUGGCAAUGUGCUUGGCCUGUUUGCAUGUCUGUUCAAAGCCGCGUGCGCCCUGUGUUCGCGCCUGCCCUCAGUCCUCUUAGUCCUUCCUGCCAGCUGCAGUUGGCACUGAUUUUCACUGGCUUGGGGCGCCCUGGGCCGAGGGAGGCCAGCAGCCCCCCUGUACCGCCGGGUGGGCUGCAUGUGGGGCUGAGCCCUUCCCCACACUGAUGCCCAGCUUGGGGGGGACCCAGUGCCCUGACUGCAUGGCAGGAGGGCCUCAUUUAAUCAGCCGGUUUUCCUCGAGCCCUGAUUCCAGCGGUCUGUGCCUGAGCCCGCCCCGCUGCUCAGGCUGGUCCCAGCCCCAGCUCCUUGGGUGCGUUGAGUGCAGCAUGUUCUCAGUCCAUCCUUGCUUGCUGGGCCAUGUAAUGCUACCAACCCAGAGCCAGCCAAAAGACUUAGCAGAUUUUUAAGCAUCAUCAACACUUGAGCUUUGAGAAUGUAAAAACUACCCUGAAAACCCAGACCUGCAUAAACAGGCUUGCGGUCCUCCCGCUCAGGAGCCUGGGGGAUCCAGCCCUGGGAGUGAAGGGCAGGCGCCAGCAUCACAGCGUGAGAACAGACAUCCCCAGCCCCAACAGCUCCUCGGCGGUGGGGUGUCCACGCAGCCGGGGAUGCCGUGCCCCAUGGCAGCUGCCCCCGGCCGAGCAGGACCCCAGCUCUGCCUCUCCUAGGCCAGUCGGUCGUUCCAGUUAGAGGGCCCUGUGGUUCCAGUCCCUAUUGGGGAUGCACUGGGAGGACCACAGGGUCUGGUGAGGACUGGUGAGGGCGCUGGGAGGACAUUGGUACCCGGGCGCUGCUGGGCAGCAGCGGCGAGUGCCCAAGGAGCCGAGAUGCAGUGUGGGUCCGCCUCGGGGCAGAGCAGAGCACUGCAUCGCUGCAAUGUCACUGGCAUAGCAGGGACCCAGAAUGGUCCAGCAGAGAGCACGAAACCCACUGCACCCUCAGGCGUACUGCCCGGGGCCCAAGGUGCGAUGAAAGCGGCAGGGCUCUGCCUUGGCAAAGCCAGGUCCUGCAGAGCGCGGCGGAGGCAGCAGCCUGCGGGCCAAGUGGGGCUCCCUGGGGCCGAGUCCCACGUGGGGCCGGGAGGCGAUGCUGCGGGUGUGCAGUGGCGAUGAGAGCGCAGUGCCCGCAGGCCGGGGCAGUGCCAGAGCAGGAGCGGGACCCCGCUGGCCGCUCAGCCCUGCGCUGACAUGGGGCUGCCUCCCCAGUGGCGUCCUCGUGGCCCGGCAGCAGGUACGACCUGUCCCCACGCUCCGCGGCAUCCUCUGUUGGGCAUGGAGACGCGGCUGAUGGAGCCGGCAGGGUCUCUUUGGGGUGGCCGGUGAGUGGGGAGGCCCCACGCAGCCUUGGCACCUGCCCCCGGCAACGGUACCUGACCAGCGCGCGGUUCCCGUUCUGCUCUGUUUGCAAGGAUGAGAAAUAAAAAGCAAUUCUACUUUUGUAAAAUAAGUGUGUUGUAUAUUUGGCAGUUUUUAAUAUAAGAAUCAUCCAGCUGGUCUCAA